AUGCGGGGGUUCGUAUAUUCAUCCGAUUCUGAUGACAAUAUUGGCACAAGCCGCGACGGGGCAAAGCUCUUUGGACGUGAAAGGUCAAUUCAUCAUGUUCUUGGAGGUGGAAAAGUUGCGGAUGUGUUAUUGUGGAGGAACAGAAAUGUAUCAGCUGCGCUUUUGAUUGGGAUGACGGUAAUAUGGUUUCUUUUCGAGGUAGUCGAGUACAAUUUUGUGACCCUCGUCUGCCACCUCUCCAUCACCACAUUGCUCGUAAUCUUCAUAUGGCGCACGGCUGCAGAAUUGUUCAGAUUGACACCUCCUACCAUACCUGGUAUAAUAUUACAUGAAUCCACAUUCAAAGAGAUGGCUUCCAUAGUCCACAAAAGAUGCAACCAAUUCUUGUCAAAGCUUCUUGACAGUGCAUGUGGAAGAGACCUACCAUUCUUCUUCUUGGCAAUUAUUUCUCUCUAUAUUUUGUCUGUGAUUGGAACCUAUUUCAGCUUUCUGAAUCUUGUUUACUUGGGGUUCCUCGGCCUGGAAACACUGCCAUUUCUGUAUGAGCGAUUUGAGGAGGACGUUGAUCGCCUAGCUGGAAAAGUUAGCAGAGAGAUAAAGAGAUCGUACAGAAAGUUUGAUUCUCAGUUUCUCAACAAAAUUCCAAGAGGCCCAGUGAAAGAGAAAACCAGAUGA